UGCUCUACAUGCUGAAGUGCUGACACUGUAAACCAGCUAUUAUAAACGAAAUGUCAUUUGCCUUUGACCGUUUGUAUUUGAUUGUUGUUUACGAACGUAUAUUUUGUUGGUUUGGCAAAGCAAAUAGCCGAUCAUUUGUAAUUGAGUAGAUAUUUUGUUCUAUAAUUGAUAAAUUCCAUCGAUAUGGAAGCAUACCCAGAAGUAUCUGACGAAAUCCGUAACCUACAAGAUGCAGUCGUCACACUGCGGAUGAAUAUUCCGACACUGUAUAAAAAGCUAUUGCUUAAAGAAUGCGAAAUAGAACACCAGCUGAUUAUUGAAACCGAUGUAUGUGUACCAAAACAGCCGGUGCAGGAUUUGAAGAAGAUAGAACGGGUACCGAAGCAAAUGUUUCCCUCUUGCAAUGGAGCAUCCGAUGUUCAGGAAGUUGACAAUUUGUUAAACAUUCUGCACAAACUGUUCCCAAAAAGAGACACUAACAAUGCACGGUCGUCAACAGUCCUGCAGCUCGAGGACGGAGUGUAGUUCGUGGUAGAUAAUUUUUAAGCAUGGGAGUCCUGGCUUGAGGUGCUGUGUCGACGGUAGGAUUUAAUUGGUAUAUUAGACAAUCGAAAUUAACGAGGAAUCUAGAUGAUUAAGAACUUGCCUGUAAUAGACUUAUGACCGGUUUCUUGCGAAAUAAAUGCCCUUUCGUGAGGACUUGCAAGACGAA